AUGGAGACUCAAAGACUUAAAACCAAAGUAGAGCUAUUCAUUAGUGGGAGAGCCCUUAAAAACCUCGACACUUUUAGUAAAUCUGACCCUUACUGUGUUGUCUCAAUGUUCGAUCCAACCUCAAACACUUACCUUGAAGGGACAAGAACAGAGGUGAUAAAUAAUAAUCUCAACCCAGACUGACAAACAACAGCGACCGUUGACUAUUAUUUUGAGCUUCAGCAAGCAAUUCGCUUUACUGUUUACGACUAUGAUGACAGACACCAUUCAGACCUGAUAGGAACAUUUGACACAACACUUGGAUAUAUCGUGGGAAAAGGCACAACAAUCGAAAAUAUUAAAACAGCUAAAGGCCAUCGAGCUGGAAAACUUAUUAUUAGAGCUGAAGAGGUCAGGGAAUCCAGGGAUAUCAUUUGGAUGCAAUUGUGUGCACAUCAUGUAGAUAAGAUGGAUUUUUUUGGAAAAAGUGACCCUUAUUUGAUUUUUUAUAGGGUGAGAGAUGAUGGGACCUGACUGAAAGUACAUAAGACUGAGACGAUAAAAAAUACAUUGAAUCCUAUAUGGAAACCUUUUGAGAUCUCAGCCCAACAGCUUUGUAAUGGGGAUGAAUUAAAACCAUUAAAAAUCGAAUGUUGGGAUUGGGAUAGAAACUCCUCAGACGAUUUUAUAGGAAGCGCCGAAACCACCCUACAAGAGCUCUUAAACCAAGGCAAAACUUUAGACUUAAUUAACCCUGAAAAACGAAGCAAAAAAAAAUACAAAAAUUCCGGCGUCUUAGAAGUCCAGCAGGUUUCAGUCAGAAAAGUGUACAGUUUUAUUGACUAUUUAAGAGGAGGGACUCAAUUUUCGCUUAUGGUUGCUAUAGACUUUACAGGGAGCAAUGGCGAUUAUACAGAUCCUAGGUCUUUGCAUUACUUAAACCCAAAUGUCCAGAAUGAGUAUGAAAAAGCUAUAUGGGCUGUUGGGGCAAUUUUAGACAAUUAUGACCCUAAUAAAAUGUACCCAGCCUUUGGGUUUGGUGGCAGGACACCAUGGAAUAAUGGACAAGUCGAUCAUUGUUUCCCAUUAAACGGAAACAGACAAAACCCAUUUGUCCCAGGAAUUCCUGGGAUUAUUCAAUUUUACCAUCAAGCUUUAUCUCAGGUUGGUUUAUCAGGGCCGACUUUGUUCCAGCAUAUUAUAAGAAAUGCUAUAAAUAUAGCGAUGUCAACCCCUAGGACCCAAUUUUAUCAUGUUUUAUUGAUUUUGACGGAUGGGGAAAUACAUGAUAUGGACCAAACUAUUGCUAAUAUUGUAGAAGCAAGUAGCUUGCCAUUAAGCAUUAUUAUAGUAGGCCUAGGAAAUGACGAUUUCAGGAACAUGGAAAUUUUAGACUCUGAUGAUGCUUUACUUACUCCCCCCCCCCCUCCGUGAGCGAACAAAAAAAUUUUGUUCGCUCACGGAGGGGGGUUAAUUUUUUUUUUUAAAAAAAAUUUAUAUAUAAAUUUUAUAAAAAAAUAUUUUUUUCGAAAUUUAAAAAAAUCCUAAUUUGCAAAAAUUGGGAAGCAAAUAUUAAUUUAAUUUGCAAAAUUUAUGUUUUAAAACGCAAUUUGUUUAAAAUUAAACAGAAUUAGCUCUAGAUUUCAUUAUACUAAUUAUCACUUAUAUAUCAAAAUUUUUUUCCAUUAAAAUUUUUUCUAUUAAAAAAAUUUUUGUUCACUCACGGAGGGUGGGUUUUUGGUCAAAAAAUGGCGAUUUUUCUAAUGGUUUUGUUCGCUCACGGAGGGGGGGGGGAGUUAGAGAUAGAAAUGGCCGUCAAGCUGUUAGAGAUAUUGUCCAGUUUGUGCCGUUUAGAAAAUUCGGAGGGAAUCCUUAUUUGCUUGCACAAGAAGUUUUGGCAGAGGUGCCUAAACAGAUUACAGGAUAUAUGACAAGCAUUGGACAUAUACCGAUAAUACCUGAAUUAGUGCCUAUGAAUCAAUUGCAAGCUCAGAAUACGAUUAGACCUGUAGAAGCUGAUCCUGAAGCUCAAUAUAUGGGCUCGCAAAGUGAGAGAUCUAGCUAUCCUCAUAAUAUGCCUCCACAAACUGAAAGAUCAGGUUAUCCUCAAAGUAUGCCUCCACAAACUGAAAGAUCUGGGUAUCCUCAAAGCAUGCCUCCACAAGGAAUAAUUCCUCAGCAAGGUCAAUAUCAAAAUAUGCCUCCACAAGGAAUAAUACCGCAACAACCGCAAUAUCAGACUCUGCCACCCCAAAUAAAUUCAGCUCCUUGUGCGCCUCCCGAAGAAGAAAGUCCAUAA